AUGCCCAGACACGUUAGUAUCGAUUUACCUUGGUACCUGGUUUGUUGUGUUGCUAGACAGUUUAUAAAUAAUUUAGUCAGAUCACAGUGCGGAAAACUGAUGCAGUUGCAGUUUAAAUCGAAGGAUGCAUAUCCUCCACACGUUACUUAUUGCAACGAUUCUGCGGUCCUACCGAUGCAGCAGUUACAUGAGUUUCAAAGGACAACAAAUGACGAAGACGAGUCUCCAGUGCCAUCACACGUAACAGUCACAUCCUGGAAUGACAUGCCGUUUUCUGGAAUCGCGAAGGAGAAUGGGACAUGGGUAGGCAAAGGAUAUGCGUUCAACAUCUUCGAUUUGAUUAGUUCCAAGCUGAAUUUCACGUACACCAUUGUUCCGCCGAACAAGCACAUCCUCGGGGACGAGAAUAGCGGUAUUCUUGGUCUGCUUCACGAAAAGAAGGUAGACGUGGCAGUCGCAUUUCUUCCGGUUUUAUCGGAGAUGCGACACUACUGCGAAUUCAGCAGCUUUUUGGAUGAAACCACAUUAACGGCUGUAAUGAAGAGGCCACACGAGUCAGCUACUGGUUCCGGUCUUCUAGCACCGUUCGAGAAAACAGUCUGGCUUCUGGUUCUAGCAUCUUUGGUCUUCGUGGGACCUGUUAUUUAUAUCUUCGCCCAUAUCAGGGCAAAGCUAUGGCACGCCUCGAACUCUGAGAAGUUUAGUUUAUCUUCCUGCUUCUGGUUCGUUUACAGUUCUCUUCUGAAACAGGGAACAAACAUUGUCGCCACGACAGAUUCGACGCGGAUGCUUUUCGCAACCUGGUGGAUUUUUAUAUUAAUAUUAACGUCCUUCUACACGGCGAACCUUACGGCGUUCCUGACGAAGCCCCAAUUUACCUUGUCCAUCAGUUCUCUGGAGGAUAUUGUCCACAAAGGAUACAAUUGGGUCACUUAUAGAGGACGCACCGUUGAUUUUCUUCUUUCGCAAGACCAUUAUAACGAUUUAAGUUUAUUGAAUGUCAGCAAAGGGCAGGGAAAAGGCGAUUUCAAAGAUUACGAACCAUCGAGGGCCAUAUUGAAAUCUGUGAGCACGAGAAAACUUUUCUUAGCAGAGGCACAUUAUCUGCAAACAUUAAUAUUCAGGGAUUAUGUAAACAAAACUCACAAUAACAUGGACCACAGCUUGCGUUGCACCUACGUUAUAAUGCCUGGAAGCAUCUUAAGCAUACGUCGAGCAUUUGGCUUUUCUAAUGGAACAGCAAUUCGAAAACCCUUGAACAAAAUGUUGAUGAGACUGGUAGAGGCAGGCAUUAUUCAGCACAGGCACGAAGAGGAUCUGCCAUUAGCGGAAAUUUGUCCUGUGGAUCUUCGUUCGACCGAGAGACGGCUCCGAAAUACCGAUCUUCUUUUAACGUAUAAAGUUGUCGUGGCUGGAUACGCGAUCGCCGCGAUUCUAUUUUUCUUUGAAACAAUCUAUGCGUUUGUAGCAAGUCGAGUGAAAAAAAGUAAGCAAACGGAUACGCGUAAUUCUCUUUCUCUGGUAGCAACGGCGAAAGAUCGUUUGUAUACAGAACUUUCUUCUAAGAAGCAAGCGAAUUUCUCGAAAGGAAGUCCACAAACGAUGUAUAAUAACGAUGGUCAGAAUGUCUUGGACCAGAGAAAGCAAGAAUUUAUCAACGGAAGAAAUUACUACGUGAUUACUGACAGACAAGGCGAUCGCAGAUUGAUUCCCACUAGAACGCCUUCUGCUAUUCUGUUUCAAUAUGCUGCUUGA